AAUUCAAAAAACUGAGGGGCAAAGAAUUCAGAAUUCGAUUACAGUAAUUGACUGUUGACAGUCUACGAUUCAGGGUUUAACUACAUCAUGCCGAAAAGCCUGGAAAAGACGCGCAAGCAGAUCUCCAAGAAGAAAAGCGAUAUUACAGCUCUGCAUGAGAAUUCACGAGACUCGCAGCGCCUGCGCAGAGCGCAGAUGAGAGACGACAAACUGGUUCGAGUCGCAGCAGCACGAAGAAAGAUUGAUCAGCCUUUGAUUGAGCGAGCAGCGUACUUUCAAGAGGCUGCCCGAAAGAAUGGUGGACUUCCCCUGGAUCUGGAUGCUAUUCACACACUUAUAAAGACAUUUGUCCACAAGCAUGACGAGGAAUUCAAUGCUCUGAAGAAGGAGCGUCGUCCAGGAAGGCCUGCAAGCACAAGGGAGGACCUUUUGAGGAUCAAAAUAGCAGCAGACGAGAAGGAAUAUGAGAAUGGAUUCUAUCUGCCCGACCUCACAGACGCAACCAAUGUAGUAUUCUUGGACAGAUGGGAUGGUGCAUGGUCAUAUUUGUCGACGUUAAAAUGGGUCCGGAUCUCGAGUGGUGGACAGAUACAAGCCUCCAGAUUUCCCCCUAAAGGAAAAUCAUGACGGGCAGGUCUAUUGCUGGCGUUUAGAGGAUAUCAUAAGGCGUUCAGAGAUACCAAAAGAGCUUCAUAGACGGAAUACUGAUUUUUGGAGAGGCGGCAGCUAAAUGUGGCUAGAGGCGAAACCACUUCUUUCAUUCCAAAAGCCUUUCUUCCGUCAUCAUUAGGAGUAGUACGUCCUGUACAUCAGAGUGUGCCUACCUUACUCAUGUAGAUCUCUGUAUUCUGCUCC